AUGGAGGAUGACGAUAAUCCAUCAGUGAUUGAUGAAUUGGCAGAAGACCUUGGAUUUGGUGAUUAUUUGGGAGAGGAUAUCGAUGACUAUAACGAAUCCUCCGAAGAGUAUGAUCACGAUCAACUUCCUGAUGUGGAAUCGUAUAGGGCGCAAAUGGGUCAUGACGGAAAGCCAGCUUCGUUAAAGAAAAGCAUAUGUAUUGCAGUAUGCAGUUUUGUGAUUCUUACCACAAUUAUCGCGGUAGUCGUCUCUGUACUAAUGAAUAAUGAAGAACCAGAAGUUGUUCGUUUUGAAGAUGAUAUGAACAAUGAGGGCAAUACCGACAAUUGGAACAAGGGCGAGACGCAGCGCUUUUUGCAAAUUCGGGAAUAUGUGACAACGAUUCGGGGAAUUUCCACCUUUGAUUCCGUCCAAGCGCAGAAUGGAGUACAAAGUCCCCAAUACUUGGCGGCUCAAUGGAUGGCACAUGGAGACGGAAUGAACAUGCCAGUUCCGGUCGACGAACCAAAUUUACAAUUUGAUGAACGAUACGCUAUGACAGUAUUUUACUUUGCCACUGGAGGUCCUACUUGGACCGCCCAGUUGAAUUUUUUGUCAAGUGGACACAUUUGUUCUUGGAAUGAAAUAGUUGAAGCAUUUGAUGGAUUUGCUGAGCUACGGUACGGUCUUUCGGAAUGUCCAGAAGCUUCUGAUAUGUUCCCUCGAGCAUUGAUCAUCUCUGAAAGUAACAACAUGACAGGAACACUACCGGACGAAAUUCGCGGCUUAGAACGGUUGGAGAUCUUGCAUUUGGCGAAUAAUCCAUCGAUUACUGGGACCAUCCCUGAUGGAUUCCGUAGAAUGUCUGCGUUGCAGCAGUUCACCGUUACCUUUUGCUCACUGACAGGUAGCAUACCACCAUUCAUUUCUGAAUUGAGCACGGCGAUGGAAGCCCUUGCAUUGAGUGGUAACAAAAUGGACGGUCAACUUCCAGCAAGUCUUUCUGACAUGACCAACUUGAAGGUGUUGGCUUUGGAUCGAAACGAGUUCGAAGGCUCCAUUGACCUUGUGGCUCCUCUCACAAAAAUCCAAAAGCUGUUUUUGGAUAGGAAUCAAAUAACAGGAACCCUUUCUGAUUCAUGGAUGGGGAACUUUGUCGACUUGGUGUCACUGGAUUUGUCAGAAAAUCUUCUGGAUGGUUCUCUGCCUCCCAACUUUUUCAACCAACCGAAUAGUGCCAGUCUCAAUGCCAUUGAUUUGCAUGCCAACUCUUUCACUGGCAGCUUUCCAUCUUCUCUGGAUCAAUCGGAUACCAAUACCGCCUUGAAAUUCCUAUCGCUGCAUGAAAAUCGCUUGACUGGAACCCUACCAAAAUCCAUCUUUACAAAGCUCCAAGCACUCGAACUGUUGGACGUGUCAAACAAUCUGUUGGACGGCAGAUUGGAUGAUGUUGCCGAUUUCACGACCGGGACUACGGUUUCUCCUCUGCAGUUCUUGUACGCAGGAGGAAAUGGAUACUCACCGUCGCCCAUCCCCAGCUGGAUAUCAGGAUUCUCAAGCCUCAAAGAGCUAGUCCUACCGGAAGCAUCUUUGACCGGACAGCUUCCCGAUUGGCUUUUUACGGACAUGCCAAAAUUACAGCAUUUGGAUUUACAGGGAAAUUCAUUUUCAGGAGACCUUCCAAGCAGCAUUGGACAAGCCAAGGAGUUGGUUGAUAUUUAUCUAAAGGGCAAUUCACUUUCAGGAGAACUUCCAGAGGAGAUUAACCAAUUGACACGAUUGCAACUGGUAUUGUUGGAACAGAAUGGCUUUACAGGAGACAUGGCUGGGAAAUUUUGCAACCCCAAUAACCCCAGCAAGAUGCUCAAUGUCGUCAAGAUUUCCAACGGUGAAGAAAAUGGGAUCAUCAAGACUCUGGUCAUGGAUUGUUCGGAAGAAAAUCUAACUUGCGAAUGUUGUACUAAAUGCUGUGCUUCCGGAAAUGAUAUUUGCAAUACCGAAGUGGAUUGGACAAACUUUCGACUCUAUUGGAAACCACAUUGGAAUCAUGGCUAUUACGAUAGCAACUUGAAUUUCUAG